AUGACAACUAAUCAAAAGCAUUCAUCGGAUGGUACACUUAAUGAGCCAGAAAAUACCAGACAUAUUGAAAAAAUUGCUAAGUUAUUUGGAUUAGACAAGCAGAAUAUAGAACUUAAAAGGAGGGUCAAUUUAUUAGAAGCUGAAAUAGAAGAUUUGGAUGAAUGUGUAGAUAAAGAAACUUUAGUCGACUUAAUACAAGAAAUGGUUCCAUCGCUAAUUAUUAGAAAAUAUAAGAAGAGAGGUUUACUUUGUGAGCACCUAAAUAGAUCUGACUCUAGUUUAUCCGACUCUAGUUUAUCCGAAGAUUCUGAAACGUCUAAAAGAAUAAUUCUUACAGAUAUUCGAUUUGGGGUUGAUAUGGGCGCUAAUGCAAAUUACAUUAGUAGAAAAAAUGUGAUAAUAGCAUACGCAAAAGAUGAUAGUAUUCCUAGAGUAAACGGGUUUCUAGAUGAGUUUUAUUCUGCAUUAGGAAAGGUCAAUCUACAUAUUAUCUUAAAUGAUGGUGAGAAGCAUAAAAUCAUACCCACUGAAUUCAUAGUUAUUGGAUCAGGUUGGCCUAAUCAAUUUCCUGAAAUACUCUUGGGCUCAUUGUGGAUGUGUCAAAUCCUUGAAGCCAGGCUUUUGGAAAAAAAUAACACUGGUGAAAUUCUAAAAGAAUAA